AUGAUAUUUAAACAUAAAUUUAAUUUAAUUUUUUUAAAUAUUUUACAAAUUUUAAAUGAAAUUAAUGUGAUUUCCUCACAAAAUCAGCCACCAAAUGUUGUUAUUAUAUUAGCUGAUGAUUUGGGUUUAAAUGAUGUGAGUUUUCGUGGUUCAAAUCAAUUUAUAACACCUAAUAUUGAUGCCUUAGCAUACCAUGGUACUAUAUUAAAUCAUUAUUAUGUACCUGCAUUAUGUACACCAUCCAGAGCGACUCUACUUACUGGAAAAUAUCCUAUUCAUACAGGAAUGCAACAUUAUGUAAUACCGAAUAAUGAACCAUGGGGCCUACCAUUAAGAUACAAAAUAAUGCCGGAAAUAUUUAAAGAACAUGGUUAUUCAACUAAUUUGGUUGGUAAAUGGCAUUUAGGAUUUUAUAAGAAAGCUUUUACACCAACACAAAGAGGUUUUGAUUAUCAUUAUGGUUAUUUAGGAGGUUAUAUUGGCUAUUAUGACCAUUCAAUGCAAGUAACGUCAAUUCCGAUUGACAAAGGUUAUGAUUUUCGGAAAAAUAUGGAUAUUGAAUACAAAGGGAAUGGAACUUAUGCAACUGAUCUUUUUACACAAGAAUCAAUUAAUGUCAUUAAAAAUCAUAACGCUAGUAAACCAUUAUUUUUAAUGGUUACUCAUUUAGCAGCACAUUCUGGUAAUGAAGAUGAUCCGUUCGAAGCACCACCUGAAGAAAUAUCAAAGUUCAAAUAUAUUAAAGAUCCAAACCGUAGAAUUUAUGCAGCUAUGGUAUCAAAAUUAGAUCAAAGUGUUGGUAAAAUUGUCUCAGCUUUGGAGGAAAAGAAAAUUUUAGAUAAUACAAUAAUAAUUUUUUAUUCGGACAAUGGAGCACCUACCAUCGGUGUUCAUUCCAAUUCUGGUUCUAAUCAUCCACUUAGAGGACAAAAAGAUUCACCAUGGGAGGGAGGUGUACGAACACCUGGAAUAAUAUUUUCUCCUUUAUUGAAAAAUCAAAAACGUGUACUUGAUCAAGUUGUUUAUGUUGCUGAUUGGUUACCAACUUUAGCUGCUGCUACCAAUAUAUCAAUUGAUGCAUCAUUUCGUAUGGAUGGUAGAAAUUUGUGGGAACAAUUAUCAUCUCCAAAUCCUGUGAUUAAACAACGUCAAAUUGUACAUAAUAUUGAUGAUAUAUUUAAUUAUGUUUCGUAUAUGAAAGGAAAUUGGAAAUAUAUAAAUGGUACAACUAGUAGGGGUAAUUAUGAUUCAUGGAUGGGAUUAAUAAAUAAUGAAACUGAUCCAAGAUCUUUAAAUUAUGUGAAAACAAUUUUAAAUUCAGAAAUUUCCAUGCUUCUACAAAGCAAAAAUCACACCUUAGAUGAAGAAUCUAUAUUAAAUUUAAGAGAGAAAUCAAUUGUUAAUUGUAAAGAUAUUAGAGAUUCUGAAAAAAUUCACAAAUAUAAAUGCAAUCCAAUGUUUGAAGAAUGUCUUUUUAAUAUACAACAAGAUCCUUGUGAACAUUUCAAUUUGGCAUCAGAAAAUCCUGGAAUUUUACAUGAUAUGAGAAUUGAUAUUGAACAUUUUAGAGAAACAGCUGUUAAACCAGCUAGAAAAAAAUCAAAGAGCUUAGAUUGUGAUCCGAAAUUAUAUAAUGGAACUUGGACAUGGUGGAAGGAUAUAAAUUCAGGAAGACGUAUUAAUUCAAAUAGUGUAUUAGUAGUAAUCUUUUGCAGUAUUAUUGGAAUAUUGAGUUACUUUUAAAAUUACAUGUGAUUAAUAUUAUUUUAUAUUUAUGUAUGUGUGUACAUGUAUGUUUUUUUUUUGUAAA